ACGGACGCGGCGCUGAUGUACGACGCCGUGCAUGUGGUGGCGGUGGCGGUGCAGCAGUCGCAGCAGAUCACCGUCAGCUCUCUGCAGUGCAAUCGCCACAAGCCGUGGCGCUUUGGUGGGCGUUUCAUCAGCCUCAUCAAAGAGGCUCACUGGGACGGGUUGACGGGACGUGUUCUCUUCAACAAGACCAAUGGGCUGAGAACAGAUUUCGACCUGGACGUGAUCAGUCUGAAGGAGGAAGGGCUGGAAAAGAUUGGAACGUGGGAUCCUCCCAGCGGCCUGAAUAUGACAGAAACUCACAAGAGCAAGACGUCCAACAUCACCGACUCUCUGGCUAACAAAUCCCUGCGUGUAUCCACUAUACUGGAGGAGCCGUAUGUGAUGUUUAAGAAGUCAGACAAGCCUCUGUAUGGGAACGACCGUUUCGAAGGCUACUGUAUCGACCUGCUGAGGGAGCUCUCUUCCAUCCUCGGUUUCCGCUAUGAGUUGCGAUUAGUGGAAGAUGGGAAGUUCGGCGCACUGGAUGAGAGCACGGGCCAAUGGAACGGCAUGGUGCGGGAGCUCAUGGACCAC